AACACUAUAAUGUGUCCAUUACACAGACUGAAAAUUGGAUUGAUAUAAUCUUCAGGUCAUUCAUUGAGGUCAGCAGUGGCAUGGUGCACAGUACAAGAGAAGAUUAUAACUGUAACUCAGUUCUGGAUAGGCCGUGAUCGAACUUGCUGCUCAUAUCUGGAUUCAUUUCACAACAUAUUUGCAAAUAAUAAGAAAAUAAUGCAUUUUUGCAAAUGGUCACAGCGCUUCCAUGGACAGGAUUUGCACAGAUGAAGACAACUAGUUAUAGAAAUGACUUUGGCAGUUACAAUCUUUUGCUGUGGCUGGUGACCUGACUCACAUUAAGGGCAUCUCUCAUGUGACAGUGCAGAAGUUCCACUGUGUGCCAACCCACCAGCUGUGUGGCUGACCUGUUUCCCUGCAAUGCGACGGCCAUCCAGUGCCUUUCAGAGCUUACGUCCAGCAUGGGCCACCAGAGGACUCCAGAUCCCUGACCAUAGUACUCAUAAAUAUACCUAUUUGUGUCUCUGGCCACUGUUGUCUACUGUAAGCUUCCUGUGCCUUUUCCCUGCCAGCUUUGCUGCCACCGUCAGGGUUGGGGUGGUGGGUCCUUGGUCAUGUGACCCCCUCUUUACUAAAGCUCAGCCCGGCGUGGCUGCGCAGUUAGCUGUGGAUCACAUCAACAGGGACCCUUACCUCUCUCAGGGCAUCACGUUUGAUUAUGUCAUCCUGGAGGAGGACUGUGAGACGUCCCAGGCUUUUGCCCGUUUCCUCGGUUUCUACACACGGGCGUCUGGGUUUAUUGGUCCAGUGAACCCAGGUUACUGUGAAGCAGCCUCUCUGCUUGGAAAGAGUUGGAAUAAGGCAGUGUUUUCCUGGUCUUGUAUUGGACGUGAGUUGGAUGACGCCCGUAGUCACCCUACGUUUGCCCGCACCAUGCCCCUACCCUCCCUCGUCCUGCUACGCUUCAUGCACCACUUUCACUGGGCACAUGUGGGCAUCAUUACAUCAGCAGAGGAUGCCUGGUUUGAGGCGGGUAUAAAGCUGGCCAGUGCCCUGAGGGGUCAUGGGAUGCCUGUUAGCAUUGUGGCAUCUGUUCGUAAUGACCACACCAGCGUGCGCAAGACCCUGGCCAGAGUCAAGAAAGUGGCAGAUCUCCGCUUGGUCAUCCUCGUUAUGCACUCGGUGUUGAUUGGUGGAGGAACCCAGAAGUUGCUGUUGGAGACAGCUUAUGACAUGCGGAUGACAGACGGCUCGCUGGUGUAUUUAUCUUACGAUACACUCUUUUACAGUCUGCCCUACAAUCAUGUAUCCCAGCCUGCCCUGCGCCAUAACAGCAAGCUGUUACGAGCCUACGAUGCCGUGCUCACCAUCACUAUAGAGUCUCCACAGGAGCAGUCUUUCUACCAAGCUUUUGAAAAGGCCCAGGAGCAAGGAGAGCUUCCCAGGAACCUUAAACCACAGCAGGUGUCCCCGUUGUUUGGCACCAUCUACUCAUCAAUUAUGUUCAUGGCUCAUGCUGUGCAAAGUGUCAGAGCUUCAGGUCAGUGGAUGUCUGGGGGGAACAUCGCCCAGAAUGCCCGAAACCUGCUAUUAAAAGGUUUUAGCCUACAAGCAAACUUCUCUGACUUUGGCACGCUGGACUAUGUGGUGCUGGACACAGAUGGCUUUUCUUGGGAGUUACAACCUACACACCGUAUUGAGAUGCAGACAGAUAUGGUGCGUUUUCUGGGACGGCCGAUUCAUUUCCCCCCAGCUGGACCACCAAAAACUGAUUCCAGCUGCUGGUUUACACAUGGGAUCAUCUGCCGUGGAGGUGUGAAUCUUUUACACAUGGUUUUAAUCUUCCUGUCUGGUUUUCUGUUCAUCUUCUUCUCAAUUGGCUGUUCUUACUGCAUCAGGCGUAAAAUUAGUAAGAUCCGAAUGGUGCGGGGUCCGAAUAAGAUUUUACUGACUUUAAAUGAUGUCACAUUCAUCAACCCAUCCCUGAGCAAUAAGAAGCUGAGCUUGGAUGACAGCAAGGCCAGUGAUUCGAGAAUGAGCUUUUCGGAGCGAAGCCUCAAAUCUCCAUUGUCUGUUCAGUCGCCAGCCACCCAUGAAAACUCUAAUGUUGUCAUUUAUGAGGGUGAUUGGGCCUGGCUCAAAAGACUGCCAUAUGGAAAUUUCCGGACCAUCACUCCUCAUACCAGUGAUGUGUUUGAACUGAUGAAAGAUCUGAGGAACGAGAAUGUGAACCCGUUUCUCGGCUUCUUCCAUGACUGUGGUGUGUUUGCCAUAGUAACAGAGUAUUGUUCGCGAGGCAGCUUGGAAGAUCUGUUGCUCAAUGAUGACGUCAAACUGGACUGGAUGUUCAAGUCCUCUCUCAUUCUAGACCUCAUCAAGGGUAUGAAAUAUCUUCACCACAGGAACAUCUGUCAUGGAAGGCUUAAAUCCAGGAACUGUGUGGUUGAUGGGCGUUUCGUGCUCAAAAUCACUGACUAUGGCUACAAUGAGGUGUUGGAAUCUCAGAGAUUUCCUUACGUUGAACCUCCAGCUGAAACCCUUCUGUGGACAGCCCCUGAGAUUCUGAGAGGACCCUACCCUGGUCUGUAUGGCAGUCACCCUGGUGAUGUGUACAGUUUCUCAAUCAUCAUGCAAGAAGUGGUCAUGCGAGGGCCUCCGUACUGCAUGAUGGAGAACUCUUUUGACGAAAUCAUCCAGAAGAUCCGGAAGCCUCCUCCAAUGUGCCGGCCCGUUGUGUCUCCGGAUCAUGCUCCCAUGGAGUGUAUUCAGCUUAUGAAGAACUGCUGGAAUGAACAGCCGGAGAAGAGACCCACAUUUGAUGAAAUCUUUGACCAGUUCAAGAAUGUUAAUAAAGGGAAAAAGACCAACAUCAUAGACUCCAUGUUGCGAAUGCUGGAGCAAUAUUCCUCCAACCUGGAGGAACUGAUCAGGGAGAGGACAGAGGAGCUGGAAAUAGAGAAACAAAAGACUGAGAAACUCCUCACACAAAUGUUGCCCCCGUCAGUGGCAGAGACCCUGAAGCGGGGCACUACAGUCGAACCCGAGUAUUUUGACAGUGUCAGUCUUUAUUUCAGUGAUAUUGUUGGCUUCACCACAAUCUCAGCCAACAGUGAGCCCAUAGAGGUGGUCGACCUCCUCAAUGACCUUUACACAACAUUUGAUGCUGUAAUUGGCGAUCAUGACGUCUAUAAGGUGGAGACCAUUGGUGAUGCUUACAUGGUAGCAUCAGGUGUGCCAAUGCCCAAUGGGAACCGACAUGCAGCCGAGAUCGCAAACAUGGCCCUGGACAUCCUGAGUGCUGUUGGCACCUUCAAAAUGAGACAUAUGCCUGAUGUACCAGUCCGCAUCCGAAUAGGACUUAACACAGGUCCUUGUGUGGCCGGUGUGGUGGGUUUGACCAUGCCACGGUAUUGUCUGUUUGGGGACACGGUCACCACUGCUUCCAGAAUGGAGUCUACAGGAUUGCCGUACAGAAUCCAUGUCCAUUCCAGUACAGUGAAGGUCCUGAUGGAGCUGAAAUUGGGGUACAAAGUGGAGCUGAGAGCCAGAACAGAACUCAAGGGCAAAGGUGUCGAAGAAACCUACUGGCUCACCGGGAGAGACGGCUUCACCAAACCACUUCCCAUGCCCCCCGUACUCAAGUCAGGGCAAAUGGCUCAUGGCCUGCAGAUGGAGGAAAUAGCCGCAUACAAGAAGCGGAAAGCUGAAGCACAGCUUGCAAAGAAGAAAAACUGAGACGCGAAUCAAAAGAUUUUAAAGUGAUGCUUAAGAAGGCAGUGAGGAAGAUCUCCACCGUGCGCCAGGUGGCUCAGAUCACCCUAGCCGAUGAGGGCAAUGUCUUGAUACACCAUCACUGAUGACCUUUAACCUUUGCCUUUUGGACCCCAGACCUGCACGCAGAAUGAAACGGAACGUGGAGAAACAGAAGCUUGUUCUCAGCCUGUUUUUCUUUUAAAAGCACCUGAAUGGGCAAGCUUUACUGAACAGGAACAUCUCUUUGUUAUUGUAGAAAUUCAGACUUUUCUGUAGAAGAUUCGCUAUGAAGAAGCUUUCAAUAUAUCAAACCGUACUGAAACUACAGUACAUGGCUUCUCAUAAGCUUCUCAUUUGGAGCUUUGGUGGUCCAGCUCACUCAUCAUGCUCAUCAUAAACAUAUACAUCUCUGUCUGAGAAGCCACAUACCUCUAUUCUCUACAUGAAGCACCUCUAUGAAAUGAACCAAAGUCUCACAAGGAGCUAAAUUUACAACAUGGGAAUCUAUUACUCAGCACGAAUGGUGUCAGGUCCGGCUCAGAAACUCAAUACAUACAGUGCUUACACAUCAUUCACUUGCAGAUUAUCUCUCUUGGUAAACAUGUGUGCGACUAAAGAAAAUAGUAAGUUUAGUAUUCCAGUCGAUAAGCUAUUGUGCAGCCAGCAUUAAUAUGGUGCAUGUGGUUUAAUGAUGAUCUGUAAUUUUAGAUUUAGAGUUCAGUUUUACCAUGGGAUUUUAGUUGAUUUUUUUCUUUUUGUGAAAAAACUGUUUUUCCUCACUGAUGAUCAACUAGCAUAAUCAAUAAUAGGAUUACCAUGAAAUCUCAAAGAAUAUAAAAAUAUGUAUUAGGAAGCAUUCUUGCAAUGCAUGAGUGCAUUGUGGUGGUUGUAGAAAUAAGAUUUAGUUUUGGUAAAGAAUUUAACUAUGAAGUUGUAUUGUACAUACUACAGUUCAAAAGUUUGGGGUCAGUAAGAUGUUUUAUGUUUGCAUUUAUUUAUCAAAAAUACAGUAAAAUAGUAUUAGCAACAUUAUUACAAUUAAACAUAACUUGUCUAUUAUAAUAUACAGUAUUUCAAAUGUUAAUUUAUUCCUGGGAUGGCAAAACUUUCAGGA